AUGUUGGAUUCUUGUUACCCACUAAUAUAUUGGAUGUUGAAUUCAUUCUUGGUGCCUACUAAUAUAUUGGACGUUGGGUUUGUUCUUGGUGUAAUAAUACAUUGGAUAUUGGAUUCAUUCUUGGUUCCCACUAAUAUAUUGGACGUUGGACGUUGGAUUCAUUCUUGGUGCCCAUUAAUAUAUUGGACGUUGGAUUCAUUCUUGACGUUGGAUUCAUUCUUGGUGCCUACUAAUAUAUUGAACGUUGGGUUUGUUCUUGGUGCUAAUAAUAUAUUGGACGUUGGAUUCUUCUUGGUGCCCACUAAUACAUUGGACAUUGGAUUUGCUCUUG